GCUGCCCCGGGCCGCACGGCGGCUGUCACGGCCCGGCCGCCCCUGCCCGCCGUGCGCUUCCUCCCGGCGCCGCAGGCCUCAGCCGGGACCCUGCGAGGACGUGGCGGGGCCCGGCACGCGACGACCUCGGGGGAGUUGGGGCUGGGGAGACCCCAGCGUCGCCUCCCGUCCGCCCGGGACCGCGAGACCCUCGGGAGGCGCCUCCGCGAGGCCAGAGAGCCUCGGGGCGCCGGCCGCUCGCCCUCGCCCUGAGCCCGAGGAAUCUGCCGAUAAUUCUGCCGCCACGACUUCAACCGUGCGCGAGGCGAGCUCGAAACAAACAUCACAUCUAAAUUAAAAAAAAAAAAAAAAAAAAAGCGGAAGAAGCGGCCGAGGCGGCGGCGGCGGGAGGAGGAGAGGAGGAGGAGGGGCCGCGCGGCGGCCCGAGGCGGCGGCGGGGACGCGGGGACGCGGGGACGCGGCUUUGUGCAGGCGGGUCGCGGGGCGCCCAUGGCGGAGUGUGACCGGGGGGGCGCCGCCGGCGGGGCCCUGCCCACCUCCCCCGGCCCGGCCGUUGGCGCCAAGAGCGCCCUGAAAGCCGGAGCCGGGGAAGGCGGCGGCGGCAGCGGCGGCGGGGGAGGUCGCCUCGGCCACGGGCGGGCGCGCUAUGACAGCGGCGGGGUUUCCAACGGAGACUGCAGCCUCGGCGUGUCCGGGGACGAAGCCCGGGCCAGCCCAGCCAGGGGACCUCACGGCGCUGCGCUCGCCCCGACCCCCAGCCCGGCCGCCUGCCCCCUCCCCCGGGAGAGCAAACCGGGCGGCCUGCCCCGCCGGAGCAGCAUCAUCAAGGAUGGUACAAAACAGAAAAGAGAACGGAAGAAGACAGUCUCUUUCAGCAGCAUGCCAACGGAGAAGAAAAUCAGCAGUGCAAGUGAUUGCAUCAACUCAAUGGUUGAGGGUUCAGAACUCAAAAAGGUUCGCUCCAACUCUAGAAUUUACCAUAGGUAUUUUUUACUGGAUGCCGACAUGCAGAGCCUGAGGUGGGAACCAUCUAAAAAGGAUUCUGAGAAAGCCAAGAUUGAUAUUAAAUCCAUCAAGGAAGUGAGAACAGGAAAAAAUACAGACAUUUUCCGCAGCAAUGGCAUUUCUGACCAGAUAUCUGAAGAUUGUGCGUUUUCGGUCAUAUACGGAGAGAAUUAUGAGUCACUUGAUUUGGUUGCCAACUCUGCAGACGUUGCGAACAUCUGGGUUACGGGACUGCGGUACCUAAUUUCUUAUGGAAAACAUACACUUGAUAUGUUAGAAAGUAGCCAAGACAACAUGAGGACUUCUUGGGUUUCACAAAUGUUUAGUGAAAUUGAUGUAGAUAACCUUGGACAUAUAACUCUGUGUAAUGCUGUGCAGUGUAUCAGAAACCUCAAUCCAGGCUUAAAAACCAGCAAAAUCGAGCUUAAGUUCAAAGAAUUGCACAAAUCCAAGGACAAAGCUGGUACUGAAGUCACAAAGGAAGAAUUUGUCGAGGUUUUCCAUGAGCUUUGUACCAGACCUGAAAUUUAUUUCCUUUUAGUUCAGUUUUCAAGCAAUAAAGAAUUCCUUGAUACCAAGGACCUUAUGAUGUUUCUUGAGGCAGAACAGGGUGUGGCACAUAUAAAUGAGGAAAUAAGCCUUGAAAUUAUUCACAAAUAUGAGCCAUCCAAAGAGGGUCAGGAAAAGGGCUGGCUCUCCAUAGACGGGUUCACUAAUUACCUUAUGUCACCUGACUGUUAUAUAUUUGAUCCGGAACAUAAGAAGGUCUGUCAGGAUAUGAAGCAACCUUUGUCUCAUUACUUUAUAAACUCAUCUCAUAAUACAUACUUAAUAGAGGAUCAGUUCCGAGGUCCCUCUGAUAUCACAGGAUACAUUCGAGCUCUUAAAAUGGGUUGCCGGAGUGUUGAAUUAGAUGUAUGGGAUGGGCCAGAUAACGAACCUGUGAUUUACACGGGCCACACCAUGACGUCUCAGAUAGUCUUCCGCAGUGUCAUUGAUAUUAUUAACAAGUAUGCAUUCUUUGCUUCAGAGUAUCCUCUUAUCUUGUGUUUAGAAAAUCACUGUUCUAUUAAACAACAAAAGGUAAUGGUUCAACACAUGAAGAAAAUUUUAGGUGACAAGCUCUAUACAACAUCACCUAAUGUUGAGGAAUCUUAUCUGCCAUCCCCAGAUGUCCUGAAAGGGAAGAUACUAAUUAAAGCAAAAAAGCUGUCCUCAAAUUGCUCUGGAGUCGAAGGAGAUGUUACUGAUGAAGACGAAGGAGCUGAAAUGUCUCAGAGGGUGGGCAAAGAGAACGUGGAGCAGCCCAACAACGUGCCUGUGAAGCGGCUUCAGCUCUGUAAAGAACUGUCUGAACUGGUGAGCAUCUGCAAGUCCGUUCAGUUCAAAGAAUUUCAGGUGUCAUUUCAGGUUCAGAAGUACUGGGAAGUCUGUUCAUUUAAUGAAGUGCUUGCCAGCAAAUACGCCAAUGAAAAUCCAGGGGACUUUGUGAAUUACAACAAACGUUUUCUUGCUAGGGUUUUUCCCAGUCCAAUGAGAAUUGACUCUAGUAAUAUGAACCCUCAAGAUUUUUGGAAAUGUGGCUGUCAGAUCGUAGCCAUGAAUUUUCAGACCCCGGGCCUGAUGAUGGACCUGAAUAUUGGCUGGUUUAGGCAGAAUGGAAACUGUGGCUAUGUCCUUCGGCCAGCUAUCAUGAGGGAGGAAGUUUCUUUCUUCAGCGCCAAUACGAAGGACUCUGUCCCAGGAGUCUCGCCUCAACUUCUUCACAUUAAAAUCAUCAGCGGGCAGAACUUUCCCAAACCCAAAGGGUCCGGUGCCAAAGGGGACGUGGUGGAUCCUUAUGUCUAUGUUGAAAUUCACGGGAUCCCUGCCGACUGUGCAGAACAAAGGACAAAAACAGUGCACCAGAAUGGAGACGCUCCCAUUUUUGAUGAAAGCUUUGAAUUUCAGAUCAACCUGCCUGAACUGGCCAUGGUGCGCUUUGUAGUACUAGAUGAUGACUACAUUGGGGACGAAUUUAUUGGUCAGUACACCAUUCCCUUUGAGUGUUUACAAACGGGCUACCGCCACGUCCCCCUCCAGUCAUUGACUGGAGAGGUCCUAGCACACGCUUCUCUGUUUGUCCAUGUGGCUAUUACUAACCGAAGAGGAGGAGGGAAACCUCAUAAAAGGGGGCUCUCUGUGAGAAAAGGGAAGAAAUCCAGGGAAUAUGCAUCUUUGAGAACAUUGUGGAUUAAAACUGUAGAUGAGGUGUUCAAGAAUGCCCAGCCCCCUAUACGCGAUGCCACAGAUCUGAGAGAGAACAUGCAGAAUGCAGUGGUGUCAUUCAAGGAGCUGUGUGGCCUCUCCUCCGUGGCCAAUCUCAUGCAGUGCAUGUUGGCGGUGUCUCCCCGCUUUCUGGGGCCUGAUAACACACCCCUCGUGGUCCUGAAUCUCAGCGAGCAGUAUCCCACCAUGGAGCUGCAGGGCAUCGUGCCUGAGGUUCUGAAGAAGAUUGUGACAACUUACGACAUGAUGAUCCAGUCCCUCAAGGCGUUGAUUGAAAAUGCAGAUGCUGUGUACGAAAAGAUUGUACAUUGUCAGAAGGCAGUCACUGAAUUGAUCUGCUUCCUAAAGGCGAGGAGGAGGACCUGGAAGGAAACCAUGCUGCUCUGCUUCACCAUGGAAUUCCAUGAACACUUGCACAGCAUAGGCACCAAAGAAGGUCUGAAGGAGCGGAAGCUACAGAAAGCAGUGGAGAGCUUUACCUGGAAUAUCACCAUCCUAAAGGGACAAGCGGAUCUUUUGAAAUAUGCUAAGAACGAGACUUUGGAGAACUUGAAACAAAUCCACUUUGCUGCUGUUUCAUGCGGGCUGAAUAAACCAGGCACAGAAAAUGCCGACGGUCAGAAGCCACGCCGGAGCCUGGAAGUCAUCCCCGAAAAAGCAAACGACGAAACUGGAGAAUGAGGGAACUUUCUAGAAAUCAUUAUGGAGUUUAUAACUCUAGGACCAAUUGUAGUCAAAUGGGACAUUUGCUUUGCACUCACUAUUGAAAAUAAUAUUUGGGAUUUUAAAGCACAACUGGAAUAGCUAAUUACAGUCUAUUAAAACUGUGAAUGUAUGUAGCAAUCCUACGUGUGAAGGCAAAUAAACUCUUUAACAAGAAAUUAUAUUCCUGGCCAAAAUAUGCUAUAUUUGUAUACAAAGACAUCAUAACUCAGUUCCAGCGUGAACAAGAGACUAUUCACUCUAGUUCCAUUGAAAAACAAACGUUUUCCUGGCUGAAAACAACUUGUUAAGAUGGAAAUGGAUUGUAUUGUCAAAUUAGUAUUUAUUGGAGAAAAACCUAAUCUACGCAUUUUACUUAAUGUGUGAUUGCCAGAGUCUCUGGGUUAUAGAUGAUUUUGGUGGCAUGCCUGCUGAGCCAUAAUUUCUAAGGAGAAUGUGCGUGGACAGACUCCCUGAAUCCCCAGGGACCUUGGAGAGCCAUCGCAUACAAGAGGAACGUGCAAUUGGACUGAAGCGCCCAGCCGAGGACAUACACUGGGUCUACACACGAUGUAAAAGCAGCCAAUCUGGAAGCAACACAUUGUAAAUAAUUUUUCAUUGUAUGAAGUAGUGUUCACAUUAAAAAGAUGUUUUAUGAUAUUUCUCCAA